UAUAGAGCGAAGCAUCCUGGAAAGGAAUCCGUUACACACCAGAUCAGAAAACAGCUUGGACAGGAUAGCAAUGGCCGCAACCUUAGGUCAAGCAUGGAAGAGUUCUCCCUGCGAGCAACAGAAACGCUUAUGGGAUAUCGCUUCUGCGAAUCAUCGAAGUCAUAAUGGGAGAAAUUUCAUCAAAGUUCCUUCGAAAAAAUCGUUGAAACGCUAUCAGAAGGUUUUUGCAUCGGAUUCUACUGGAGAAGAUAAGAAGAAGAACGAUGAAGCGCUCGAGUUCCAGAAGAGUUUUAAAGAUUCUGUUGUUUCCAAGGAUUCACAAUCACUUCCAAGGCCUCUAUCUAUCAUCGAUUUGCCGAAUUCGCCUAGUCCUGUCUCUCGCCUUCGGGUCGCUUACCAGGGAGUUCAAGGUGCGUUCAGUGAAUCGGCGGCUGAAAAGGCGUACCCGGAUUGCGAAGCCGUUGCUUGUGAACAAUUCGACACUGCUUUCGAUGCUGUUGAAAAGUGGCUUGUUGAUAGAGCAGUUUUACCGAUUGAGAAUUCUCUUGGGGGGAGCAUCCACCGAAAUUAUGAUCUCUUACUUAGACACAGGUUACAUAUUGUUGGGGAAGUAUACCUUCCAAUCCAACAUUGCUUGCUAGCCAAUCAUGGUGUUAAAUUGGAAGAUCUAAAACGUGUUCUUAGCCACCCACAAGCUCUUGCUCAAUGUGAGAACACGUUAACAAAGUUGGGAAUCGUCAGAGAAGCUGUAGAUGAUACUGCUGGUGCUGCUCAGUAUAUUUUUGCCAACAAAGUCCAAGAUGCGGGAGCAGUUGCUAGCUCUAAAGCUGCGAGGAUCUACGGUUUGAAUAUUCUAGCUCAAGAUAUUCAGGAUGAUUCUGACAACGUUACUCGAUUUUUGAUGCUUGCAAGAGAGCCCAUUAUUCCAAAGACUGACAGACCAUUCAAAACAAGUAUAGUUUUCUCUCUCGAGGAGGGGCCUGGUGUGCUUUCCAGAGCACUUACCGUUUUUUCAAUGAGGAAUAUCAACCUCACAAAGAUUGAGAGUCGCCCGUUGCGUAAACAGCCCUUGCGUGUACCUAGUGACGGCAUUAAUGGAUGUACAACGUACUUUGACUAUCUUUUCUAUCUGGAUUUUGAAGUAUCAAUGGCAGACCAAAGGUCUCAAAAUGCCCUUGGGCAUCUUAAGGAGUUUGCUACAUUCCUACGAGUUCUAGGGAGCUAUCCUGCUGAUACUAGCUUGACAUGAAUGUCCUUAAACCUUGUGCAGGUAAUAUGGAGUUCAGCUUUAUUUGAAUCUCACAAGAUCUGUGGACACACUGAUAUUGACAUUGCGUCGGUAACACUGAUACAUGGCUCGGACACAAGCGUCUGUUGUAAUCCAGAACUGGGCACAGGAUAAUAAAUCAUUUAUAUAUUCAAUUUAUUUUUUGAAUAUCUACAAAAUAGACAAAGUAGAAUAUUCCAACUAUUCGCUUAAUGGUUAAAGAAGCCCUUGCUUUACAUU